AUGCCUGCCGUCCUCGAAAUACCGCCGAACCAUUUCCUCCCGCUCCCAUUCGGGGCCUCGUCCUUAUCGUCGUCGACCUCCAAACCGCUGCUGAUAGAUAGAGCCGAGCUCUCUAGGCUUCAGGGGGACCCUGCCAGACAAUCAUCGAGCUCACGAAUAGCUUCAGAUAUGACGAGAGUGGGGGUUGCUGUUGCGUCGUCGUUGCCGCAUCACUAUGGAGGCUACUCGCAUCAGAGGAGUGACGUUCAAAUAGGAGUGGACGGGAGAAAAGACGUCACCGCCUUUAACCACAACACCAACAGCUGCAGCAAUAACACCUGGAGGGAAGACAGCACCGCACAGCAGACCAGGCCAGCGCAGCGGCAGCCAGUGCCACUGAUUAGCCAGCAUUCCAACAUCAACCAGGAGACCUCGUCGAACUCUCCUGUCAAGUCCACGGCUUCCAGCGUAUCCAGCCCGCAGCUUGGCUCUUCCCCCAAUGGGAACGCGGGCAAUCUGGCCGAAUUUGCUGCUCAGUACUAUAACACAUGUAUAUAUGUGGAAUCUCUCUACCUGACGAAUACUGACCUGAAUGAAAUCCUGCAGGUGGCUUGUCUGUUCUGGUUUGCAAAGGCCUCGAAAUUGAAGCAGAUCGAAGACAGCUCUUCUUCGUAUACGCCAACCUCACCGCUGGAGCUGGAGUUUGCACCAAGCCCGGGUUUCAAGAAAUGGGUUACUACGGUACUGACCACUACACAAGUGAGCAAGAAUGUUAUUCUUUUAGCACUACUGUUCAUCUACCGCCUCAAAAAAUUCAAUCCCGCAGUACGAGGGAAACGGGGGAGUGAGUUCAGGCUAAUGACUAUAGCCCUGAUGAUGGGGAACAAGUUUCUUGAUGAUAACACCUACACCAACAAGACCUGGGCGGAAGUUUCUGGUAUAUCAGUCCAGGAGAUACAUGUGAUGGAAGUUGAGUUCCUCAGCAAUGUCCGAUAUAAUUUGUUCGUUACCAAGGAAGAAUGGAACCAAUGGCUGGCGAAACUAUCAGUAUUCUCAAGCUAUUUCGAAAAGGCUUCGAGGCUUUCACUGGACGUUUACUCUGCCAACAAAUCUGCUCGUGCUUCACCAGUUCACAGCCCAUUAACCCCCUCCAUGGAUAACUAUCGAACCUCACAGCAUACCACAAGCCAGAUUUAUCCUACUUCGUCACAGGCCGUUAACACCUCCCAGGCUCGCUUGUCGUUAAGCAUCCCUCAGUCAAAUAAUGCAUCCCUCGGCUAUGACGAUCCCGCAUCACAUUCGACAAUACCUGUGGAACCGUUGAGUGCCCACAGAAAACGCAGUUGGGAUGACCAGGCCAACGAUAAUCCGGCCAAGAGACCAGCAACUGCGAAUACGACUUGGGUUAGACCAUCGACUCAAGCCCCGUCACAGCUCUAUACGGCUUCUCAGUUGCCCUCUACUGCACCUCCUGCUCAGCCUCAGUUACCAACGAGUAUCGUUUCUAUGCCGUCUAACAUGGCACCGCAGCUUACAAGGCCUCAACCGGGGUACCCUAUGAGCUCCACAAAUCCACCAACCUCUUUAGCGCCGCUUACCGGCACCCAGCCUAUUUCUACUGCGCCUCGGCCCACGGUUUUCCCAGUCAACAGCACUCCGACUCGUUGGAGUCAGCCUCCUGUUUCACAGCCAUCCCUAGCACCAUUGCCAGUCACAAACCUGCAACAGAGUGCUGCCGGUGGUUUCCCUGACUCUUCAAGGCGUCCUGGCUCAACCUCAUUCCCAGCAACAGCACCUUCAGCCACCAUUUCACCCGCUGUUCCUGCAUAUUCAGUUCGCACUCCAACUCACCUUUCGCCUUCUUCUAUCCUUUUGGACCGCAACUCCCCCUACCGCCCAGUUCGUUCAGUCAAUACUCUUCUAUACCCUCCUCCGGCUGGCUCUCUUCUUCAACCCCGGCAGUUGUCGGUUGAUCUAAUGCGAUACCAGCCACUAGGCAAAAGAAGUUCAGAACACCGAGUUGACCGAACUGGUGUUUUACCAUAUUCCCAGCCUAACAUAUGGGGAGAACAGUAUUUCUCUCAAGUUCAACCAACCACACACACAACACAAUACCACCAAAGUUAA